AGGGAUGCAUGCUAAUGGUGUUGUAUCGAUCGGUCAUGCUCCUCAAUGCAAUUUAUUCUUUUGAUGAAAAUUCGAUCGGUGUAGGCAUUAAGCAUCAUACGUAAGUGUGCUCGAGGAACCACCACUUGGGGCAUCGAGUCUUCUUCCCGAGAGUGCCGAGGCCUUUUCCCUGUUCGUCCUCGAGAGAUGGCAAUGGUUCUGGAUACUUUCGUUUCGAGAUACGUCAACGAUGUGGCAGCUUUCGUGGAGGGAGAGAUAUGCAAAGUGCUGGGCGUGAAGAAGGAGAUCAAGGCGCUGCAGGAGACGCUGGAGACGAUCAGAUGUUUCCUCCAGGAUGCCGAGCAGAAGAGCCGCAGCGGGGAUCCCGUCAUGGAGCUCUGGGUGAGGAAGCUGAAGGAAGUCAUGUACGACGCCGACGACGUCAUCGAUCUGUGCGUGAUGGAAGGGGGAAAGCCCUUGGAGGUUCGGGCGUCGGCAUCAGCCUCAGGGGUGGUAAGCCUUCCUUUCAGCUUCGUCUCUUCCUGCUUUCGGUGUACCAAAUACCGCCAUGAGAUCGCAGGCCAAAUCGAAGCAAUCAAUGAUAGGCUGAAACGAAUAGCGGCAGAUAACUCCAUCCUUGGAAAUCUACAGCCCGCAAGCCAACAACUCCACCCUAAAAAACCACCUCCACCACGUGAGACGUCUCCCUUGGAAGUUGAGGAGGACAUUGUGGGGGAACAAAUCGAAGAAGCUGCCGACGAUCUAAUCAAUCGCAUGUUGGAGAACACCGAACAAAAGUGUCGUGUUUUUGGGAUUGUUGGAAUGGGUGGAAUCGGGAAAACUACUCUGGCAAGUAAAAUAUAUAAUGAUGGAAGGAUCAAAGCAAACUUUCCUAUCCAAAUGUGGUUGUAUAUCUCAAAGGAUUAUACGGAGAUCAAGUUACUCAGAGAGUUAAUUCGGUGUGCAGGAGAUGAAACCAAAGCAGAAUCUUUUGAGGGAGAAAGCAGAGCAGAAUUGGAACCCAAACUUGCCUCGCUCCUUACUAAAAAUUUAUUUCUCGUGUUGGACGACGUGUGGAGUCCAAAUGUAUGGACUGAUUUCCUGAGGAAACCACUAAGUAAGGGAGCAGGUAGCAGCACGAUCUUAGUUACCACUCGAAUCGAAACAGUGUUAAGUGGUAUGAAAGCCAGCUAUAUGCACCAAGCUGAGAAAAUGGAUGAUAACAGCGGGUGGCUGUUGCUUGGGAAGACGGUAUUCGAAGCUGGGGAGGAGGAUGACAUGCGUAGGUUGGAGGAAGUAGGUAGGAAAAUUGUUAGAAAAUGUGAUGGACUUCCUCUUGCUAUCAAAGCUAUUGCAGGGGUUCUAAUUUCCAAGGACAGAAGCACAGCGGAGUGGGAACAAGUCCUCGAGAAUGACGCAUGGAGUAGGAACCGUCAGAUCGACGAAGAAGUUCCAAGGGCUUUGCACUUGAGCUAUGAGGAUCUACCAUCUCAUCUGAAACAAUGCUUUCUUUAUUGCUCAUUCUUCACCUGGAAGGUUUUUCAUUACAAUGAUAUUAUUCGGUUUUGGGUAGCAGAAGGCCUUAUCGUAGAAGCAGAAGGUAGGUUGAUGGAAGAUGUAGCUGAGGAGUACUAUUGGGAACUAGUUUCGAGGAAUCUUCUACAAGUGGAUCCAUCGUAUAUAAACAGGAUCAUGUUUUGUAUGCAUGACCAUUUACGAGCGCUCGCUACAUACUUGAUGAAAGACGAAGGAUUUUCGAUUACAGUUGGUCAAAGAUUAGAUAUAAAAGCCAACGCGAAGAUUCGUCGGUUGUUGAUAUUUAACAUGGGAAUAAAAUUAGUACUGUCGGAUCACAUCAUAGAAAAGAAAUGUUUGAGAACUUUAGUGAUCAGAGACUCCCACUCAACCAUCACAAUUGAGGAUAAUGUACUCGAAGGGUUACCAAAUUUACGAGUAUUGGAUCUUUGUAACACAUCAGUCGAGAGAAUUCCAAAUUGCAUCGGAGAUCUAUUGCACCUAAGAUACUUAGAUCUCGAUAUAACAAAUAUUCAUGAGAUACCGGAAUCAAUAGGGUGUCUUGUAAACCUUCAAACUUUGAAUAUCUCAGGAUGUAAAUACUUGUACAAACUUCCCAUGACCAUCACUAGACUAUAUAAUCUAAGGAGUCUCGUUGUCGAAGACACUCCUCUGACUCAUGUACCGAAGGGAAUCGGGAAAUUGAUAAAUAUUAACAUACUCCAAGGAUUUGUGAUCGGUCAUGACAAUCCGACGAACGAGGUGGACGAGACCGGGUGUGGAUUAGAGGAGCUGCAACCUCUUUCCAAGCUAAGAUAUCUGAGUAUAUACAGGCUAGAGAGGGCAGUGACGGCAGCGUCGGCACUAGCGGAGAAACGUUCUCUUAGGGAACUAAUUUUAAGUUGGAUGCCACCAGAAGAUGGGGAAGAUGGAGAUGCCACCGAUAGUGGUGAGGAUAGAAGAGCAACAACAUGGAGAAAAGAGGAGCAAAUCCAGAUGGGAGCCGAGAAGAUAUGUAAUGAACUCUCUCCUCCUUCAAGCUUACGAACUCUUAUCAUCGUACGAUUCCCGGGUCGACAAUUCCCAAACUGGAUGAUGUCGUCCUCCCUGGGCGAAUCACUCCCUAACCUGCAAUACUUGUAUCUUUCGGUGUUCCCAUCAUGCGCAGAGCUCCCUCCUCUGGGCAUGCUGCCCCUGCUGAAAUAUCUUAAGAUCAUAGGAGCCAAAGCGGUCAUGGCCAUUGGGCCUGAGUUUCUCGGCCACAGUUUCCCGGGAACUUGUGCAUUUCCCAAACUUGAGUAUUUGGAGAUCAACGACAUGCCCAACUGGGAAGAAUGGUCACUAUGCGGUGUGGAGGAAGGUGGUCACAGAACACACCUGAAGCUGUUUCCCAAUCUAAAGGAAUGUUGUCUCGUAGACUGUCCCAAACUGAGAGCUCUUCCAGAAGGCCUAUCCCACGCUACCAACUUGAAGGAAUUGCACAUUUGGGGAGCUCACAACUUGAGAGAAGUAACAAAGCUCCGCUUGAGUUACAACCUGUCUGUCACAGAUAACAAGAUGCUGAACAGAAUAUCCGACGUUGCCAUGAAGUAUCUGGAGGUGGACGAUUGCCCCAAUCUAGAGUGCGUCGAUAAUCUCGACGAGUUGCAGCACCUGGUCCUGAUAUGUCCGGAACAUAUGGAUCAGCUUCCCCAAUGGUUAUCCCGCUUAAUUGAUCAACAGCGCCCUAAUUCUGCACAAUGGAGCUUCCGCAAACUUGAAGUGUACUGCAACAUAGUGCUGCUAAGGAGCUGUCUCGAGGGCAACGAGCAUUGGAACAUCAUCCAACAGAUUCCAGACGUCCUAAUUCAAACCUAUUUCAAGGAAGUAUACAUGCGAUACAUCAAGGACCCAUACAUGUAUGAAACAUAUGUACCUCCAGAAUAA